AUGGAGGGGGAGCCCCCGGGUCCCGGGGAGCAGGCGCUGCAGGAGUUCCAGGCCCUGGUGGAGCUGGUCGGGGGGAAGCCAGAGGUGCUGCUGGUCGGGGAGGUGCUGGAAGGGGGGGAGACCCGGGCGCUGCUGGGGGCUUUUGCCCAGGAGCUCUUCGGGGAGCAGCCCGGGGACCCGCAGCCCGGGGGCCCGGCGGGCGGCGGGGGGAAGCCGCCUCCCCAGGUCCGGGUGUGCCUCGGCCCCGGCGGCGCCGGCCGGGAGAUCCGCUCGCCGCUCAUCUUCCUGCUGUGCCGGGCCGGCUCCUUGCAGCCGCGGCGAGCCCGGGCCCGCCUGCGGGAGAUCGCGCGGGACCUGCGGAGCCGCCUGCCCCGGGGCCCGCCGGCCGCCCUGGUGGGGGUGAUCGUGCAGCCCGGCCCCGGCGAGGAGGCGGCGGCGGCGGCGCUGCUGGAGACGCUGCUGGGCGAGGUCUUCCAGGAGCACCGGGCCGGGCUGCAGGACACGGUGCAAGCGGCCGCCUACAGCCCCGGCCGCCUGGACGGGACGCUGGAGGUGCGGCGAGCCGCCUGCCGAGCCCUGCGAGCGGCCCUGCAGCACCGAGCAGGUGGGGAGGAGAGAGAGAAGCGGAGAUUCCCCUCCCUCCUGCGGUGCGUCCCCUGGGGCAGGAGGAGCCGGAGAAGAGGCCGAUCGGCUAAUGCUGCCAACAACCUUCAUGAGGCAUUCCCAGAUCUUUCCAGUCUAAGGAAUGGUCGAUUGGGAGAAGCCUUGGAACCUGAAUCUCCCCUAUGAUGAUGCCGAGUGCUCCCACUAAGCCACAAGGUCUGGCCUAUGGUCCUUUUCUAGUGAAACCCCAGCAGGCUUUGAUUCCCAAGCCUAAUGUGGGCUGGCUUCCUUAGGGAGAACAUCUUCUCAGUAUGCACGGGCUGAUGCAUCAGUACUAACUGCCCCUGGAAUCUAUCCUCUGGUGGCAGCACAUAUAACACCAUAGGCACAGCCAUCCCCACAACAUCCAAAUGCUGAGAGACAAUCCCUGUAGCAUGCUGGCUGAGAUGUUUCUUUUAGUGUUGUCUUGCCCCGGUAUUUUAUGAGCACAUUGCUGGGUCCCUCUAUCUGCCUGUGCUCACUGCAGUGGCCUGCACGCAGUGUUGGUUGUAAUGUGGCAGUGGAGUGGCAAUGGAUUUGCCAGAAGAUGUCUGAACUACAAAUCGCUAACUGGGCCGCACCACUCGCAGCACUUUGAAGAUGCUAAUUGCUGUGUGUGGCAGCUACUUGCACAGCCCCAAGGCAGGCACCCCCUGCUACAUGUGCAUCUGUACCCUCCUGGACUUCUAAACUCACACCCACCCCUGUUCUGCCCACCCGCUUUUUUCAGUCUCUCACCGUCUCACCACCAUGAAUGUUCCAGUUCUCUCUCGCCCUGCUGGGUCUGACUCAUUACCUCUCCCAUCCCUUGUCUUUAUUGCAGUAGCAAAGGACCUUGUGUUGGUAGGUGCUUUGCCAGCAUCUCUUAGGUGUUUUAUCUGGUCCAAUUAAAACUCAGUGGGCCCAGUUCUCUCGUUAUUUACACAUGUAGUGUCACUGAAGUCAGUGGACUUCUAUGGGUGUAGCUGAAACUUGGUCUACACUUAAGUUUUCCUGGCAAAGUGACGUCAUUUAAGAGUGUGAAAAAAUUCACACCUCUAACUGACAUAGCUGUGCUGGCAAAAGCCCUAGUGUAGAUGCAGUUAUACUGCCAACGGGGUCCUUUUGCUGGUAUAGAUGAUUUAUUUUGUUCACCGAACUGGUGUAAACUAUACCAGCUAAAGAACUCUUUUGCUGGUAUAAGCUGCAUCUCCACUAGGAAGGGUUGCUGGUAUAACUAUGCCACUGUCUAGUGUAGACAAGGCCGGACACAGAACGUAUCCCUCUUUCUAAAUAAUGACUUAGAGCCCUACUCCAGAUCACUCUUGAGGUUCUUUGGAAAUGCAGUUUCAAAUACUGUUCCCGCAAUUCUUGCAUUUCCGAGCAAUGAUCCCCUUUCUGCAGGGGCACCGUUGGCCAGAGGCUACAGACUGCUUCGGGAGGAGUCCUGAAUAAUACCUUUAUUCAUAGUAAAUGUAUCUUUUGCCUUGCUAAUUUCCAAACUGAUCCAUGACCAAUGGUGAGGAGGACACCCCACGUGGAGAACCCUCUUGUUAUAAUAAUUCGUUAUGUGACAGGGGUGCAACUGGGGGCUUCAGAUUAAACAGGAGCCUACGUGGGCAAAUCACUGAAAUGCCCAGUUUGUGAAACGUUUGGUACAGAAAGGGCAUUUGCUCCAUUGAAAAUUGUGGUGGCAAGAAAAUCCAGUCCAAUAAACAUUCAAGGCCCUGGUCCUGCAAUCGAUUUCAGACAGACGGACCCUCUUGCCCGUGUGGAGUCCAAUGGAAGUUGAUGAGGCAUCACACGGGAAUGGGGGUUGUUUGUGUGGAUCAGAUUCCAGAAUUGGGACCCGCC